AUGUCACUUUUCAAGAAAGAAGUCGAUCGAUUGACAAAUGCGGGUAUUUGGAAACCUGUGAAGUUUUCCCAAUGGGCUUCGCCUAUUGUACUAGCUCCAAAAGCUGAUGGUUCCAUAAGAAUUUGUGGGGAUUUUAAACAAGCAGUCAAUGCGCAAAUUGACAUUGAACAAUAUCCUUUGCCCAUACGCGAAAGUCUUUUCCAUAAAAUUAAUUGCGGUCAACAUUUUACAAAAAUCGACCUUAAGGAUGCGUAUUUACAAAUGGAACUCGACGAUGAAGCAAAAACAAUAAUGGUUGUCAACACUCCACUUGGGUUAUUCCAAUACCAACGUUUACCGUUUGGAAUUGCAAGCGCUCCAGCUAUAUUCCAAAGAUAUCUUGAGCAGUUACUUCAAGGCGUAGAAGGUUGUGGAAAUUAUCUCGAUGACAUCAUCAUCUCCGCACCUACAUUUCAACAACACAUCAGCCGCCUAGAACAAGUACUUCGUAUUUUGCAACAAAAUGAUGAGUCAGGACUAAAAGCAGUAAAAAACCUGCAGCCGCCUAAAGAUCUAAAGCAAGCAGAAGCAUUCAUGGGUAAGGUAAACUACUACCAUAAUUUUAUACCUAAUUUUUCGCAAUUAUCCGCGCCAAUCAACAUGCUGCGCCGAAAAAAUGUAAAAUUCACAUGGGGUACAGCACAACAACAAGCAUUUAUAGCUCUUAAAACGCAUAUUCUCAAUGCAGCGCAAUUAGCACAUUAUCAGGAAGAUUUACCGUUGGUUCUAGCUACAGAUGCCUCCUCCUAUGGCAUAGGAGUCGUGCUCUCGCAUACGUACGUUGACGGUACAGAAAGGCCUAUUGCUUUUGCAUCUAAAACUCUCGACAUUCAUCAACGACGAUAUAGUCAGAUAGAGAAGGAAGGGCUAGCUAUCGUUUUUGGAGUCAAGCGUUUCCAUCAAUAUUUAUACGGAAGAAGAUUCACAUUGGUUACUGACCACAAACCUCUUGUUAGCAUUUUUAAUCCAAUUCAUCAGUUGCCGUCGAUGACGUCACAUCGUUUACAGCGAUGGGCUAUUAUACUAAUGGCUUAUCAGUAUGAUGUUCGGUAUCGUAAAACUACUGAGCAUGGAAAUGCCGAUGCUUUAUCUCGUUUACCUGUUGGUGAAGACAAAACUUUUGAUCAUGAAGAAUCCUGUUUCAACAUCAAUGAACUUAACACACCUAUCGACGCUGAAAUAAUUCGUCAGCAUGCCAAAAAUGACCCAAUUCUUCGCCGAGUUUAUUUUCUCGUUACAAACGGUUGGCCUGAAAAGCUAAUGCCUCAAGAUACGGAGUACAACCGGGUUGUCAUUCCAGCCUCCCUUAAGCAGAAAAUUCUUAAACUUCUUCAUGAUGGUCAUUGGGGAGUAUCGAGAAUGAAACAGCUAGCUCGACAACAUGUCUGGUGGACUAAUAUUGACAAAGACAUCGCACAAUUAACUGAAAAUUGUGAUGUAUGCAAAAUUGCAAAUCCUGUUCACGCACGUGAAUACGUAAGCUGGCCUGAAGCUGAUCGACCUUGGGAGAGAGUACAUAUCGACUUUGCUGGUCCAUUUUGUAAUUCAAUGUGGCUAAUUUGUGUCGACGCUUUCUCGCAAUUUCCGUUCGUUGUACAACUAUCUACAACAACAACGGUUGACACCAUAUCAGCAUUGUCUUCUAUAUUUUCUCUGGAAGGUAUACCAGAAACCAUCGUAAGUGACAAUGGUCCGCAAUUUACAGCUGAAGCAUUCAAACAUUUUUGCUCAAAACUUGGCAUCAAACAUAUAACAACAGCGCCGUUUCAUCCAGCCUCAAACGGGUUAGCCGAACGAUUCGUCAGAUCUUUUAAAACUGCUGUUAAGAAAAACAUUGACGAUGGAUGGUCUCUCAAAUUCGCUGUAUCAAAAUAUCUUGCAACAUAUCGUGCAAUGCCGAAUGCUGAGGGUAAAUCACCUGCAGAACUUUUACAUGGAAGGCCUGUUCGUACCUUGUUGAGUCAACUGUUUGAAUCGCCUAGGAAGCACCUUGAAGCUUCGAAACGGAAAAUGAAAUUUAGUCUAAAGCAACCCGUCUUCGCUCGAAACUACGCAAGAGGGGAAAAAUGGAUAAAAGGAGUUAUUGUGAAACAACUUGGUAAAAUGGUUUACCGAGUGAACACAUCUUUUGGUUACAUCAAACGUCAUGUUAAUCAGCUUAAAACUAGAAGUAGCUCUGACCUCUCUUCACAACCAAUUUUUGAAUUCACUCCAAAUUUCAUCAAUGCCACACCGCCUUCAUCUAGCCAAUCAACAUUAAUGCCUAGUGAAGAACGUUCUACCGAAGUAGUUCAACUUCGAAAAAGUGGUCGUAUUCGGAAGGUUGUUAAUCGAUUUGAAUCCGACGAUUUCAGGAAAACUUGA